UGUUUCUGGAUCUUCAUUUAGAUCCCCUUUUAAUUGACAUGAACUAGUGGGUAAGAUUUCAAUCUAAAACAUCAUUUCCAUAAUCAACAUAACUGUAGGUUCCUUUCACAGAGAAACAAAGACAAAAAAUAAAAAUAAAAAUGGGUGCUUUUGUUAAGCUAUUAGACUUUCUUCUAUUCAUCUACUUUUUCUUCCUAACCAUUAUUAUACCACUAUUUGAUGGCCAAUCUGUUUUUCCUAAACACAUGUUUCCACCAUUUUUGGUUGACUUAAAAAGCUGGUAUACUCAAGAAUAUGGCGAUUAUUUAGUUUCUGAGAAACCCCAUUUCUUUGUUGGCUUAAUUUGGUUGGAACUUCUCGUUGCGUGGCCACUAUGUGUUACUAGUCUUUAUGCUAUUGUAGCUGGAAAAUCUUGGAUUAAUACUACCUGUUUGCUCUAUGGUGUUUCCACUCUCACUGCAAUGGUGGCGAUACUAAGUGAAAUGAAGGGUUCCCAGAGAGCAUCAGACAAGUUGCUGAUGGUGUACUAUCCAUUUCUAGCAUUUGCUGUUUUAGCAAUUUUACGUGGCCUACUACCUCAUUCUGGCAAGUCUGUGAGCAUUGGAAAAAGAUCUGCUAUAAGCAGAAAGAAGAGGGCUUAAUCUUCAACUCAGAAGCUAUAAGUGAAGAGUUCAUAUUUCUUUUUGCAUUGGUCUUUCAACUUAGAGGCUAGAAACCCUAUCAAUUUGUGUUCUUCGGUUCUCUUUUGGUUUCCCCCAGCUGAUAUUAAGUUCUGAUGCUUGUGCAUGAGUUUUCGCGUAGAACAAUCACAAAAUGGGUUGUAGUUCCAUUUUAACUACUAAUAGACAGACAGUUUUGUAGUAGUAAUAAUAUUCUGCUGAUCCUUUUGAGUGAAUGCUGAGGAGUUUGACUGGAAUGUUUAACGUAUCGGAUACCAGUGAAUAUUUCUGCUCUUCGUGCAGUCAUUAAAAAACUCAUACUUGUGACUUCUGAUCCAUUUGAGUAAAUGCUGACGAGUUUGGUACCACAGAAGCUGCUUAUUGAUGACAGUGAAGCUGAAAUGAACCCAAUUCCUUGAGCUCAGAGCUCUUGCACGAUUUCCGCGUACUACUACUAGGUGGAGCGUCCUUUUUGUGCUGUGACAGGGAAUGUUGGAUUUGAUUAGAAUGAACCCAGUUGAUAAUUAUUUUGUCGGCUUAUCUAGCGCUGCCAAUUAGAAUGAAACAAUGACUGCUCUUUUGGUUAUUUCACUACUUUCGAUGCGUUGCUUUCU